AAACAAAGCAGCAAAUGAACAGACCGCGCGCGCUCACACACACACACACACACACACACUUGAGUAGGGCACCGGGCAGAGUGCGUUCCGCCGAUCAUCUCCGUCCCUCCCUCUAGCAAGCGGAUUGCCCGUGCCACUGACGACAGCCAGUCACACAGCGCUGAGGAGUGCGAGGCUGUGGAGAGACUGCAUCGAGGAGCCGUGCGCUUGAAUCGGGAGCGGUGCGUGGGAGUGUGUUCUCUCUCUCUCUACCUGCCAUUUGCAUUCCUUCUUUAUUCCCCUUGCACUCAUCCUCGAACGAGUUCGGGCGCACAAGGAGUCCCAUUACGGAGGAAGGAUCGCGCCGCACGUAUGUGCGCGCUCGAGUGGGUUGCCUGCUUUAACUACUGCUGUCACCUCAGAACCGCGGUGCUGCCGUCGUGGGGAGAACCGGUUGGAGACCUUUAAGAAACGGCUGGCUUGCGUCUGUUCCCGAUUUGAAUUUUUGUUUGUUUUUGUUUUGCUUUUUGAUGCUUUUUGUUGCUGUUGUGCGUUGGUUCUUUAAUACAAAGCUGCCUUUCAAAGCGAUGGACUUGAGAUAGUGCGUCUCAAUUUGAGUGUUGGUGUCUGGGAGUUGCCGUCGGGGAGAAAUGCGAAAGGAUGCUCGGAAGCAGUGAAGGCUACAGCAGGUAACCGAUAAGAUGGCGGCCGGGGAAGCGACUGGGCACAGCUACCUGGUGGCUUGCUGGCAGCCCAUUCUGAUCCUGAUGCUGGGCACCGUGCUGUCUGGCUCCACCACAGGCUGUCCAUCCCGCUGUGAGUGCAAUGUUCCAGAGCGCUCCGUGAUGUGCCACCGCAAGAAGCUCAUGACAGUUCCUGAGGGCAUUCCUGCUGAAACAAGACUGCUGGACCUCAGCAAAAAUCGCAUUAGAACCAUUAACCCAGACGAGUUUGCCAACUUUCCGAACCUUGAACACCUGGAGCUCAGUGAAAACACGAUCGCCACAAUUGAACCCGGAGCAUUCAACAACCUUUAUGGCUUGCGGACAUUGGGGCUGCGUAGCAACAAGCUUAAGCUGAUUCAGCUUGGUGUCUUCACAGGUCUGAGCAAUCUCACACAGCUGGACAUAAGUGAGAACAAGAUUGUCAUCCUGUUGGACUACAUGUUCCAGGAUUUGUACAACCUCCGGUCAUUAGAGGUGGGUGAUAAUGACCUGGUUUUCAUCUCCCACCGGGCGUUCCAUGGCCUAAGUAGCCUUGAGCACCUGAGUCUUGAGAAGUGCAACUUGUCCUCUGUGCCAACAGAGGCUUUUACCCACCUCCACAGUUUGAUCACUCUAAGGCUGCGCCACCUCAAUAUCAAUGCCAUACGGGAUUAUUCUUUUAAACGGCUCUACCGGCUGAAAGUGUUGGAAAUAGCCAAUUGGCCAUAUUUGGAUACUAUGACCCCAAAUUGCUUGUAUGGAUUAAAUCUCACCUCUCUGACCAUUGCUAAUGCCAACUUGACCACAAUUCCUUACGUAGCCUUGCGGCACUUGGUUUAUUUGCGGUUUCUUAAUCUUUCAUACAACCCUAUCCACACCAUUGAGGGGAAUAAGCUCCAUGAUCUUCUGCGUCUGCAGGAGUUUCACCUGGUUGGGGGCAGGCUGGCAAUGAUUGAGCCAUACUCUUUCCGUGGUCUAAACUACCUGAAAAUUCUCAAUGUGUCUGGGAACUCUCUUAGCACUUUAGAGGAGUCUGCAUUCCAUUCAGUUGGUAACCUGGAGACCCUUGCUUUGUAUGAUAACCCCCUGGCCUGUGACUGCCGACUUUUAUGGGUUUUCCGACGACGCUGGAGACUGAACUUCAACAGGCAGCAGCCCACCUGUGCCUCUCCUGAGUUUGUCCAAGGCAAAGAGUUCAAGGACUUCCCGGAUGUUCUGCAACCAAACUACUUCACGUGUCGCAAGUCUAGGAUUAGGGAUCGCAAAGCCCAGCAAAAAUUUGUCGAUGAGGGAGCCAUUGUUCAUUUUGCUUGCCAAGCAGAUGGAGAUCCUGCUCCUGUGAUAAUGUGGCUCUCUCCACAGAAAAAGUUUAUCACCACCAAGACGAUUGGAAGGCUCUCUGUGCUACCAGAUGGCACCCUUGAGGUGCGUUAUGCCCAGAUUCAAGAUAAUGGCACAUACGUGUGUAUAGCUAGCAACGCAGGUGGAAACGACACCUCUCUUGCUCACUUACACAUUCAUAGCUACUCCCCUGACUGGCCACACCAGCCCAACAAGACCUUUGCCUUCAUAUCCAACCAGCCGACAGAAACUGGUGCUAACGGUACAAGGGCCAAUGUCCCUUUCCCAUUUGAUAUAAAGACACUGAUCAUUGCGACCACAAUGGGCUUUAUCUCUUUUCUGGGCGUCGUCCUGUUUUGCUUGGUACUGCUCUUCCUUUGGAGCAGAGGUAAAGGCAACACUAAGCACAACAUCGAGAUCGAGUAUGUGCCACGGAAAUCGGACGCUGGCAUGAGCAGCAGCACAGUGGAUGCUCCUCGCAAGUUUAACAUGAAAAUGAUUUAACCUGUGGAAUUGAUUAAUAUUGAACUUAAAUAUAAGACAAAUGGAAAAGAAGACAUUUUCUUUUCUCUCCUACAAACCUGUGGAUCCUGGUCUGUUAACAUAGAGUAAUAUGUUUUUUCCUCACUGAUGGACUCCUUGACUUUCAAAAGUGAGCGGGAAUGAAACCACACCUAGUGUUACAGGGCAUUGGUGGUUUCUAAAUGGCCUGUGGGGGGCACUGAUUGAAAGGCAGAUUUGUCAUAAGCAGUUCAUAUUCCUAUGGAUUUUUAGUGGGAAAAAUAUAUUGAAAACAACAACACUUCAAACAGCCAGAGUACGAGGGGCAUAUCAUAUUUGUUUUGUUUUUUUCUGUCAGUAUUUUUUUUUAUUUAUUUUUUUUACUGUUGUUUAUUUCCAAGGUUAGACGUCCUGUGAUGAAUGAGAUUUGUAUGGGUUGAUGAGCACAUUUAUACAAAGGCUGUUACAUUUCAAGUAUAUCUUCAUUACAUGAUGUAUCUUCAGUACAUCAGUGUUACAAUUGUGAAUGCUGUGUGCUACAUUUUAUCUCUUUUUACUUUCACACAGUCAUGAUUUUUCUGUGGCUCAUCAAAUGUAUAUGUGUUUCACAAUACAACACUCAUGUUGAAAGGUUAAGUCCCACUAAUUGUAGAAUAUGCAAUGAAUUCUACAAUGAGAAAUUCUUGGAAAUACUGACCUGCCAGUGAUAAAACACAAUGUAAAUGUCAGCUACUUCAUACCAGAGAAAGUACACUUAAUAAGGGGUAUGGCCAAACAGAUCACACUGGGCAUUAAGUAACCUCAAUGACUGAAGGCAAAGACAAAAAUUAGUGAAACUGGCAGAUUGUUCAUGUUUUACUAUUAAAACCAGUUCUCUGCUGUAAAAUAUCAGCACCAGUUUGUAAGGACAGUUGGAUUUUUAGAAAAACAUUUGCAACAAUAUUUAGUAUUGAAAAGAAGCAUAAAAUCAUGUUGUUAAAUGUGUCUCUUAAUAUAAGAUUUUAGCAGUGCUAAACGCUCUACUAUCCUAGUCGUAGUCCUUUGAGCACAGCAUCUGAUAUCAGUGUCAAUCAGCCCUAAUUUUCAGAUAGAAUGGAGUUCGUACAUAUGGACUAAGGGCACGAAACAGAAAGAAGUGUGAGAUGUUGUUGAUAUAAUACUUUGUGACUACAAAAGAUGCAGCAUCUAUUCUGCAGUUUAGUCAUCAAAUAGAAAGGUUGGCCUCAGUACCUUGAUAAUAAAAGCGCUUAACCCCGACCUUUCAAACUGCAUUUCAAACACUCUUAUGUAAUGGUAUUAUUUUUUGCUCAACAUGAUUGUGGGGGAUAAAAGUUGUGGUGCUCACGUUUUUUGGUAACAAUGUGCUCCUCAAGCUGUAGAAUAUUUCUGUCAUUGUUUUUUUUUUCUGUAAUUUUUAAAAAAGAGAAAUUAAUGCUUUAUUCAUGAUGAUACCCCCUCUUUCCUCAUCAAAGCCAUGGAAAUAUGACCUUCCAGGAUCAUUUACAGGUUUUCUUUCCCUCAAAAAUGUGCAUUGUUUGUCAGUGGGGGAAAGAACUGCUGCACAUUCUGCUCCCGGUUUGUCGUGCAUAUGAGACAUGAGGUUUCGGCCUUACCUUUCCAAGUACACACUGUGGACAGCUGGGCUUUGCAAAAGUGUGUGAGGAUAAAGGAUAAGUUAUUUAUGAUGGAUGACAUGACAGAUAACGACACCGUAAUGGCUGGAAGUAUGGACUGAAUACGCAGAUGGUUGGAGUGACACAGAUGGUUUCACCCAUGGAGCAAUCUGAAGCAGCUUUGGUGUAAUCCGUUUUGCAUAAAGGAAAAAAAAAAACACUGGAUAUGGCUCAUGGUUCUCCCUCUUGCUGAUUAUGAAUGCUCUCUUUGUUUAAAGUGUGGCUACUGUACCUAGCCUUUUUUUUGUCCCGAGUGAACCCGGGAUUCUGUUUUUUGUUUUUUGUUGUUCUUUCAUUUUUAUUUUGACCCUGGACUAUAUUGAAGAUGUAGUCCAAGCCAACUUUUUACAAAAAAAAAAGAUAUUAAAAAAGAAAUCUAUGGAAAAUACAUUCAAAUUGUUCUGUGCAAUAAAGGUAAUAUGCAGAUUUUUUUUUUAAUUAACAAAAUUUUGUUGAUGUUGAAUUGUUGAGAAUAUGGUAUGUUGUAUUAAACAAUCUAUGGACUUUUUUAAA